GCGGAGCUUUAUCAUUCAAUUCAGUUUCUUUGUUUGAAAUUAAAAUAAUAUUGAUUACACCAAAUAAAGGAAAUCAUAAAUUUAUUUUCCGCUAAGGUUGAAACUGCAAUAAUAUUUCUAGGUGAAUGAUUAUUGGGAUGUUUAUUAAAAUUUCUGUGGUUUCAUGAUAAAAAAUGACAAUCAUGUCAAUUUCUACUCCUCGGCACAACUCUGGGUUUACCAUACAGUCAAUAUUAGGUGAUACUGACAAAGAGAAAACAAACUCUCAAGAUAAGGAACCGAGACGGAAACGUAAAAACUCAACAGAAAGUGAUGACUGCAAUUCAUGUACUCAAAACCGAAACAGUGAAGAACACUUCGACCCCUGUAGAGUACCACUUCCAUUCGGAACAUAUGAUGCUUUUUCAAAUGACAAUAUUUUGAGAAAACUGCAGUAUGCGCAGUAUGGACAUUAUUUGUCUCAAGAAUAUAUGUCUCGGACACAAGACGAUUUCAGAACUUUUUGUAUUCCUGGAUCUAAUGAGAGAAACAACCCUUUUUAUUUGCCAUUACCACUCACAAACAAUUUUCAUUCCAGCAAUCAAGGUGGGAAUUCUAAUUUACUGUUCCCACACUUGCGGAAGCCUAAACGAAUGAGAACAGCCUUCUCCCCUUCUCAGUUACUACGCCUAGAACAUGCCUUUGAGAACAACCACUAUGUCGUUGGACAAGAAAGAAAACAGUUAGCCGUAGGACUAGCUUUAACUGAAACGCAGGUCAAGGUUUGGUUUCAAAAUCGGCGUACGAAACAUAAACGUAUUAAAGCUGAGGAUGAAAUGACAAGGUCGUUAGCCAGAAGUUUGGGAGGACAAGCCAAUAGCCAUCCAUCACAAUAUAACCCAUCAGACUCAGAAAGUGACAUUGAAGUGUGAUUCAACACAAAACUGAAUCAACUAAUUUACUGGAAACAGACUGCAAUACGAUUUUGUACAGAUGAUUGAAACGUUAGAAUUUGAAAAAAAUAGAAAAUGUACAAUGUACAUCGAAACCCAAUAAAUUUACUUGGGAAAACUAUUAUUGCUAGUAUUUUCCAAUUUUAAGUUAAUAAAAUGUAUUAUUA